UCGACGUCAUCACGCAGCGCGGUGACGUCGAGCGGCGCCCCGCCCCCCCCUUGGCCGAGCCGAGCCGCGGCGGCCGCUGCGGGCUGAGAGAAAAUGGCGGCGCCGGGCGAGUGCUUCAGCGUGGGCAGCCAGGUGUCGUGCCGCACCUGCCAGGAGCAGCGCCUGCAGGGCGAGGUCGUCGCCUUCGAUUACCCCAGCAAGAUGCUGGCGCUCAAAUGCCCUUCUUCCAGUGGGAAGCCCAACCACGCAGAUAUCCUGCUUGUAAACUUACAGUAUGUUUCAGAAGUGGAAAUAAUUAACGACCGCACGGAAACCCCUCCUCCUUUAGCUUCACUCAAUGUUAGCAAGCUCGCCAACAAAGCACGGAUGGAGAAGGAGGAGAAGCUGAGCCAGGCAUACGCCAUCAGUGCGGGGGUCUCCCUGGAGGGACAGCAGCUCUUCCAGACCAUCCACAAGACCAUUAAGGACUGUAAAUGGCAGGAGAAGAACAUAGUUGUGAUGGAAGAAGUGGUCAUCGCCCCCCCGUACCAGGUGGAGAACUGUAAAGGCAAAGAGGGCAGCGCGCUGGGGCACGUACGCAAAAUAGUCGAGAAACACUUUAGAGAUGUGGAAAGCCAAAAGGUAAUGCAGCGUUCACAAGCACAGCAAACACAGAAGGAGAGCGCCCUGUCGUCCUGAGGCCUGCCGGCACCGAUGUCCUCCCUGGGGAACGGGGCAGCUCGCCGAUUCCAAACCUUAGACUUUAAAAAAAAAAAAAAAAAAAAAAAGAAAAAAAAA